CCAGCGCUGGGGAAGGGGGGGUGGGAGAAGAGGCAGCAGCCCCAUAACGGAGUCCAGGGCCGUAGGCCAAGCCCCAGCCGAGCUAGCGGCUCCGUGUAGCCGGCAACUCCCUGGCCGUCGGCGAGUGAGAGAGGCAGGAGAGUGAGGUGAGAGGCCCGGCUCCCACCGGAGUCCAGGUCCCUUCAGACGAGUCCUUGCACCUUCCCCGCCCACCACGUCUUCCUCCCCGGCCCGGUUUCAGGGCCACACCGCGGAGCCUGCGGCCUGGCGCAGGAUGGAAGAGGCGGCGGCAGCGGCAGGUGAAGGAGGCGGCGGCGGCAGCGACGGUAACAGCGGCGAUUCAGCGGCAACGCUCCGGCGAGGGAAGAACGACAGCUCGGCCGAGGAGAACGAGCCGAGUGCCGCGGCGGCUCGAAGGCGAAGCAGGAGGCUGGGGCCUGCGGGGGAAGAGCGGAGCGGUGCCGGGGCAGCGGGCGGCUUGGAUCCGGCCUGCCAGGCCGCGCACAACGGCGAUGCCCCGGGCGACGGCGACCCGCAGCAGCAGCAACAACAACAACAAGCGGUCGGCGGGACAGCAGCAGCAGCAGCAGCAGGCGGCAGCGCCGCCGAGUUGACGGCUGAGGCGCCGGGGCAACAGCAACAGGAGAGGGCCGAGGCGACCGGGCCCAGGACUCGCUCGGCCAGUCACAGACUGUGCAAAGCCAACGCCGGCAACAGGCGGCGGUCCCCGCCGGAGGAGGAACAAGCCUCACCUGCAGCCGGCAGCAGGUGCAAGGCGGCCGAGUCCCCCGCCGACAGCGAGAGCGACGGCGAGGCAGAGUCCGAGGAUCCGAGCUACGAAGUGCAACAGGGCCGCAGGAUCCUCAGCGAGUUCCUGCUGGACAAACACAAGACGCUGACAGCGCCGUUCGUUCAGCCCGGCGAGCCGGAGGGCGGCUGCCAGCAGCAGCAGCAGCAACAGCAAUCCCCGCACCCGCAACAAACCGUCUGGUUCCGCAAGAUGGAAGAGAAGUUCGACAACAACCAGUACGGCGGCAUCACGGACUUCGUGGCCGACUUUCGGCUAAUGCUGGAGAACUGCUACAAGUUUCACGGCGUGGAUCACUGGCUCUCCAGGCAGGCUCAGAAGUUGGAGAUGAUGCUGGAGCAGAAGUUGACGCUGCUGUCAAGACCACUGAGAGAAAAGACAACCAUCGCUGUUACCUCAAAAGGGCGUUAUGGUUUAGAAGAGGAGCGAGGAGCCACUCGUCGACGUUCCAUGCCACGCAGCUUAGGAGGCAUGUCUGCAGGCGUUACUGAAUCCAUAAUGAUUCAAGCUUUGAGACAAGAAGAACAGCAGCGAGCAAGGGAAGAAAAACGAUUACGUGAGCAGGAGAGGAAGGAGGCAGAAGAAGCUGUCCAAAAAGAGAUUGAAGAAUGGGAAAAGAAUCUACGAGCCCAGGCUGAACCUACUCGCAUGGAGACCCUUUGGGAGAUCCCUGCCGUUGGUCAUUUUCUGUGUUUGGCUCAGCAGAUUCUUAAUUUGCCUGAAAUUGUCUACUUUGACCUUGAACGUUGCCUUCUAAUGCCGAAGUGUAGUACGUUUCUGGCUAAGAUUAUGACUUCUUUACUGAGCCCACAUCAUCGUCGUGCAACUUUACACCGUAAGCCACCUCUGCCAUACAGAAUGUGGGAGGCUGCUUUGAAAAGAAAAGUGCAGCAUUGGUAUAUGGUGGUGGGCCAGGCAGAAAAUCCCAAUCUUCAGGCUGAAAAACUGGGGCUUUGUCCACAGUUUUUCCAUGUUCUGGGAGAGACUAGCCCUUUAGAGAUCAAAGCUUUCCAUCAGAUAGCAUUCUAUAAGCGAGUUUGGCUGCUGAAGGGCCUAAGUGAUUAUGUAUAUGAAACUCAAAAUGAGGUCCAAGAUGCAGUUUUGGGGCAGCCUAUCCAUGAAUGCAGGGAAGUAGUAUUAGGAUAUGAUUCUCAUGAGAAUGCCUAUGUCCAUUUCCCACAGUUCUGUGGCGCGGACUUGCGGGUUUAUAAACAAUGUCCUCUUCCACCACCUGAGUUUCCUAUUCCACCAAUCAAAAUCCACAGGAUGUUGCAGCAGAGGUCGGAGGAGGCAAAAAAAAGGCUUUCAUCGGAAAGCCAGGAAAUAGCAAAAAGUGACAAAAAGGAAACCACUAACAAAAUAACUCACAAUUCUAAAAAGUCCACUGAAGGAAUUGACUCCAAUGACCUGGAAGGUUUUUAUGUGAAACUGGAAUCAAGUUCCCAGUUUCUUUCUCAAGGUGAAGAAGAAAUACAUUUCAAUUGUGAAUGUAAAAAUCAUAGAAUUUCAGCAGUGAAAAAAGAAAAUGUAGGUUCCUGUAAAGAAAACUUAGUCAAGCCUGCCAGCCCAGGCGAAGUUGUGGGUUAUGGGGAACCUCUUAGCCCAGGAGAAAUUAGAAUAACGGAAAAUGGAGAGUUCUGUACAGAUGACCCUGAGUUAAGGAAAGGUGUGAAGCCAUUGACUGAAAAAGCAAUCAAAAGUUGUAAAACACUCAUUAAUGGAAGUCAUUGUGAAAAUUUGGAUGUAAGCUGUCUGGUUGGUAAAAUAAAUAAUAUUUCUGCAAAGCAUUUUAUGGGAAAAAUUGAGGAACUUGAGAUGGUUAAGCUCCAUGUCAAGAAAAAGAAGAAAAAGAAAAAGAAAUUGAAGGAUACAUUGAAAAGAUUUCACAGUAAGACAGAUAGAGCAUGUCCAAUCCAUGAAGCUUUGGAAGCAGGAAUACAGAAAAAAUCUCUACUGAUGGAAGAAGAAAACAAACACAAAAAGCACAAAUGGGUUAGUGCAAAGAAACCAGAUUCAGAAAAGACCGAUGAAAAGAAGAAGAAAUUGAUACCACCACCAUUGCCUACAAUGCCACAGUUCCAGCUUGUUUGCACUAGUCUUGAUGAACUCAGGGAACUAAUUGCCAAAAUAGAGGGAGAGCUAAAAGAACUGGAAAAUAAUAAGAAGAAAUCUGAAAAAUGGUUUUACAGGCGACAAGCUUUGAAAGAUUUACACGGUACCCUUGGACGAUUGUUGAAUGAACUGUUGCCAUGGGAACAAAAGCUAAUCAAAGCUUAUCAGAGAAAUCGAGCUCGAAUGAAGAAAGACUUUGAUGAUUUUCAAAAUCUGCCUGAUAAUGAUGCAUUCAUUAGAGAUACCUUGCAGAAUGAAGAAAUGGAUGCAGAGCUCAUGAAAGACAUGGCUCUAAAUGAAACAGCUUCCUCAAACUCUGAAGAUCAUCAAGAAAUAGUUAAGCAGGAAUGCUCUGAAAUAGAUGACAUGUUGCAGCUAGAUGCAGAGCUAUCUAUGACCAGAAAAGAAUGUUCCAGCAAAGAAACACAGAAACAAGCUUCCAAGAAUCCUAAAAGGCAAAUUAAAUGUAAUGAUCUUGAAUGUUCAAAGGAAUCUCCACCUUGCAAAAAGACCAAAAUAAGCACAAAUGACACUGCUGCAAAUCUCAACAGACUAGAUGCAUCAUUUGACUUUGAUGUGGGAAACCAAAAGAUUGAAUCAAAAUCUGCAACAGGACAGCAGCCAAUUGAUUCAACCAACUUGAGCAAACCUGAAGAACUAUUUGUCAAGUCAGAUAAUUCAAAAGGGGAGAUAGCCAAUGCACCGCGAUCAACAGUGCAGAAAGGGACCAAACCUAUUCAAGCCUUACUUGCAAAACACAAAGGGAACAAAGUGACCUUAACCACUCAGACAUCCUCCUCUGUAACAGAGACAAGCAGUCCAGAAGAGAUGACAACUUCAGCCACAUUACAUCCUAGUCCAGUGAAAUUCUGUUCACCUCCUCCUGUGUCUCCAAAAGGUCCCCUACAAAUGUUAUAUAAAAUGCCUGAUGGAUCCUGUGUGCCAAUUGAUCUAAGUAACAGCCAGAUUAAGAUGAUUGCAGUCCAACCUAUUAUUGACCCAAAAUCUGGAGAAAAGAUUAUGCAGCAGUUACUUAUUUUACCCAAAAACUUCCUGGCUCAACAGCAAGAUGGUAAAUAUGUUGAAAGGGGAAGUUCACCCAAGCCACAAAGGGAACUGGAGAAACAGGCCUCUAUUGCGUCUCAAAAUACUAACGUGGAACAUUUUCCUUUGGUUGACAUUCAGUGCCUGCCGCCUGUUAAAGUUCAGCCACAAAUUUCCAGUUUAACAAAAGGCAGGAUCACGACAAGUACGGCAACAGCAACAAUUUCUGCUGGUCAACCAACGAGAGUUACGUCAUCUUCGUACAAUUUCUUGGCAUCGUCAACCGUCGUUGUAUCAGAUAGAAGGCCGGAAAUGUCGACCAUCAUGGCACCUGCGGUUUCAACAUCAAGCACUGGACAAAGACAGUCAGCAUCUAUUCAGUCUAUAACACCAACAAAGCUACAGAGCAGAUCAAUUACUAACAUUGGAACAACAUUGAGCUCUAACUCGCAGCAAUCAAAGGAAUCAACUGAAGUAAAACAAGAGCUUAAAACUGUGUGCAUAAGAGAUUCUCAGUCUAUUUUAGUCAUGACACGUGGAGGAAACACAGGUGUUGUUAAGGUGCAAUCCUGUUCAGACCAAAAGUCACCUAACGCUAUUAAUCCCAGGCCAAUAUUUACUUUUUUACCAGAGGUUCAGAACUUUGUUGUAUCGAAAACCCAACCAUCAUCACCAUUGACUUCUCUUGUACCAACGCAGACUUCCCUUUCAAGCCUAGGUCAGCUCCCUGUUUCCAGUUCUGCUUCAUCGGUUCCAUUGGGCCUAAAUAACUUGGCUGGGGAAACAGUUAAACUGGGACCUAACAAAACUGUGAGUAAUUCAGGUCUGGUACCUGUUCGUAUACCUCUGCCCACAAUAUUGUCUGCUGUUUCAGACAGUCCAACUGUGCACACCAGUUCCCCCAACACCUUGAAUAUGGUCAGUGGUCCCCUGGGUGGCUUAAAUAGUGGUGGUCCUGUCCAAAAUAAGGUAGCAAUAACUCAAGCACCAUCACUGCAAUUCUCUCUUGAUGCUACAAGUUGCAAACAGCUAUUUCUUACCCCACCAGAAAGUAAUAAGACAGGAGAUGGUGCAUUUUUGGCUGGAACCACAGUGCCAAAACUUCUAUUGGUUCCGAGUCCCUCUGCUGCACCUUGUGGAACGAAUCAAGUCAGCCUGGCUGCUAAUGCACAACCUCAAAAGUUAAUCUUUAUGAGUCCACCUACAACAUCAAUGUCCUCGCCCUCUAACUUAAUAUUAACAAAAUUACCCCAUCCACCGCAUGCUCCACUACUAAACACAGCACCGAUGUCCGUGAAAAAUCCAGAUCCUUGUCAGGUUGUGCUGGUACCAUACACCAGAGAAAUGCCAAUGAAGACUAAUACAUUGCCUGGCCCAUUUCAGGUAAAAGAAAUUAACAAGGGAAAUCCAGCUCAUCUUGCUCGUAACAAUAUCCAAAAUAUCCCAGGAAUCAAUGCUUUGCCGAACAUACCUGCGAAGAUUGGAGAGGGAUUAUCUGCCACACGUGCAGUCUUACCAACAACUUGUAUUAGCACUUCAGCAAUUCCUUCAGUUGCAGUUGGGAAUCGAAACUCUGUAUCUUUUAAGAACUCCACAGGAAUUAAAAUGUCUGUUAGAAAUGCACACACAGUAGCAACAACAGCUGCAGGUGCAACUAUUCCAUCGCCAACGUUUGGAACUUUUGGUUCACAACCCACUACAUUACUUAAAAUAAAUGAAAACAUAUCUAGAUCUAAUCAAACAUUGUUGUCAACUAGGCAUCCUGUUGCUAUUUCAACAGUGAAAGCAGAACACCUUGCUUCAUCAAUGCUUCUUGCAUCUGUACAGCCAAAGGUGCCACAGCAGACACUGACUCCAUCUCUCUCUUUGCCAAUUACAACUGCUUUACCUAACCCAAUCACAGUCAAUUCAAAGAUAGUACCAGCAAGCGCUCAACCUAUAAGUAUAGCCUUUAACCCGCAAAACUCGCAUUUUUCAAAAGACACUUGUCAAACAGUCAUUCGAUUCCAGAAUCCAAACACAAUAGCAUCACAAAUCAAUUCAAGUACUGCUCCCAGGUUUGCAUCUGUUCAGGCACCUACUCGCCCACCAGCUGGAGGUAAUGUGAUGUCUUCAACUGUUUUGGGUCUUAAUUCAACACAUCAAUCUACGUUACCCAGUUUAACAAAGCAUCCUGUACGUACUAAUACAAUUACUACAGCUACUUCCCUAAUGCAGCCUGUAGCUUCUGUGCCAUCCUCAGUCAGCAGAGUUUCUGGACCACUAGAUGAGUCUUGUAUACGGCAGAAAAUAGUUAUCAACACAAGCACUCCUUUGGCACCAGGAACUCAAAUAGUCAUCAACAAUCAUCGGUUUAUUGUUCCACCUCAAGGCCUUGGAUCUGGUAGUCACGUCCUGCUGAUUUCUAAUACACUGAAACAAAGUACUCCAGGAUUUCAUGUAGGAACUGACGUUACAACUGCUUGUCAGAAGGCCUUGAUGGUACCUGCUGUAUCCCAUUGUUCUCAAUCCUCUGUGUUGCCUUGUGUUCCUCCAUCUGAAAAGUUACUUCAUAAUCUCUGUCCUCCGAGUACUCCUCAAAUUAUAACUGCUGUUUCUAAAUCCGCUCAGUUCACAACAGGAUCCACACAGCUAAAUGUUUCUGCAGCAAGAUCUCAGCCUCAAACGAUAAUAUCUAACUUCCAAGCCACUACAACCCAGACUGCCACAGUUCUUCCUGUAGACACAGCUUUCAACAAGUUAUUGGUCAGUCCAGAGGGAGCUGUUUUAAAUGCUAUUAAUACUGUGGGUAAUCCAGUUGCAAAAGUAGUAUCACCUUCCUCUCUGACUUGUGUUUCGGGGAAUUCGAAUACUAGUGCUGCUGUCGUCUUCCCGGCAUUAAAGACUUCUGAAGUCCUUGAACCUACCAGAACCAUUUCAGCAUCUUCCAGUCUUUGAACUACGACUGCUGUAAAUCAGAACCAUGGGGAACACAAGAGCCUUGGACAGGACUGGAAUCAUUCUUAGAUUACGUUUUUGGUUUAGGGUUAAGGCACAAUUUAUUACAUCAGCCGAACUCUAUAAAAUAGUGACUGAGACAUUAAGAGGCACAAUAUUUAUUAGUCUGCAGUUACUAAAUUCCUGUUGCAAGGAUGCUUUCCUAGUGUUGUCUCUGUGAAACUUGUGUAUUUCAAUGUACAAAACAAUGUUUAAAAUUGUAAGACGGCAAAUUUUGAAGGUACUUGUAAAUUUCCCCUGGUUUAUAAUUUUAACAAAAGCUAGCAAUUAUAUUGAUUGCUUACUGUGCACUCAAAAGCUUCUUGCACACUUGCAGUAUGAUCUGUAUUGAUGUCCAUAUCUUUGGUAUGCUGCAAUGUUCCACUUAAGUGUGUGACCUUUUUUAAAAAAAAAUGUGCAGUUCAAAACAGAGCAUUGGACUUGUUUAUAUGCUGUUGCUGCCUUUUUAAAGUAUUUAACGUAGAAAACUUCUGCAGUUGUACAGAUGUAAAUACUUUUGAACCCAGAAAGUUGUACUAAAGUGAAUGUACAAAAGAAUUUUGCUAAUUUAUUUGUUUGUUUAUAUAAUGUAUAGGUUUUUAAGCUGUUUAGUAGCUUUUAAGGACCAUUGUUUAGAAAAAUGCAGACAGAUCUGCAUGAUUAAAAUGUGUGCAAUUGUUAUUUA